AUGGGUUGUGCUACUUCUUGUACGGCAACCCACUUUGUACAAUGGUCGAUUCUCAGCAAGCUCCUGAGUCACCAGAACUUCCAGUUUGGGUCCAAGUUACCUGACAACCAAACCCCUGAAAGCUCAGAUUCUGAUGAUGACUUCGUUAUCCCUGCACUUGCUGAUUGGGUUGAUGCCCAUAUGCUUAAUGUCGAACCCAAGUAUGAGUUUCUUGUGUCAGAGAAUCUGGUUCAAAAGAUUUUGAAAAGAUUUUGCAAUGACUGGGUACGAGCUUUAGGGUUUUCACAUGGGCAAAAACACAACAGGCUAUGUGCAUUCUCCGAAAUUGUACAACUUAUGAUCGAUAUUUUGGGCAAGGCAAAGAAAUUGAUCUUAUGUGGGACUGUGUUCAGGAAUAGAGAAGGAUUUCCGCAAAGUGAGAGAAGUUUUUCAAAGAUGGAGGAAAACGCUUUAGGGAAGGCUGGGCAAUUAUCUGAAGUUCUGGGUCUUUAUGAGACAAUGAAGAGCAAUGGCUUAAAGAUGCACGCGAUCUGUUUUGAUGAUAUGCCAAGGCAAGGGGUUAUUCAAGAUGCGCUCACGUACAAUACCAUGAUCUCUGUUGCUUGUGCGCACUCACAGGAGGAGACUGCUCUUAGUUUGCUAAAGGAAAUGGAAGAGAAAUCAUGUAAGCCAAACAUCGAGACUUAUCAUCCAUUACUGAAAGAUGUGUAUCAAAAGAAGAGAAUGAAGGUGCUGAACUUUCUGUUGGACCACAUGUUCAGAAAUGACGUGAGUCUUGAUUUGGCAACUUAUUCACUUUUGAUAGCUGGUAUGUGUAAAAGUGGAAAACUUGAUCGUGCUUGCUUGUUCUUCGAGGAAAUGAUCUCACAGGGGCUAGAUCCAAUGCGCAACUUUGCUGGGCAUCUUGCUGAAUGGAAAACCAUCAAAGGAAAAAAGAUCUGGAUGAACCUAGAAAAACGGUAUAUGGAAAGAUCUGGAUCAAUUAUCAUUUCUAUUGUAUUGUUGAUGUCUGAUGCAGUUUCCUGCAGCACUGUGGAACGAGAUCUUAACAAAUUAUUGGAACUCCAUAUCACUGUAUUUUAUAUCCCUUUACUAAUUCACUGUGAGGAAAGUGAGGAAAAUGACAUGAAUGAAUUUCCUACAGCUCUGGUGGAAAGAGAUCUUAACCAAUUAUUGGAAAUUUGGAACCUCAUCAUUGUGUAUUUUAUAUCCCUUUACUACUUAGAGUAUGUUUAG